AUGAAAGGCGAUUCUACGAUCCUCAUUGUUAAAGGUUCUAAAAUGGAGGAAGAACGACGAGAUAUGAAAGCACACAAAGCAUAUUGUGACAUGCUUGAUUUCAUUGCAAAUGCGCAACAGGGGAUUCCCAAACUGUGCCCCUGUGGAUCAAUCACGAAGGAAUUCGUAGAUGAAGAGGAUACAUAUGACUACCUCCCUGUUAAUAGAUACUUCAUCUGCAAAGGCUACCAGGAAACCAUGGGUUAUAGGUGUGCAAGAGAGGUUGAGAGGCUCAAAGAAUGGGUUCACGAGCAUGAGAACCUUCUGAGAGAGUGUCAGGCACUUAAGGCCCAGGUGAUGAUGCUGCUUAUGCGUGUGUCUGAACUUGAGAAAGUCCUCUGA